GCCGUGGAACCCUCCGCCGACACCCACGCUCACCACCGCGUCUGUGUUUGCAGGCUCUCAACACGCCAAACGCCCCCUCGUGCAUGGUGAGGGCUGCCUGCGCCCAGCGCCGUGUCGCUUGCCGACAUCAACUCACCAAAGCGGAGCGCAGCCCGUGUCGCUUCUGCACAUCCGGACGCCUGGGUUACACCACCACACCAGCAUCUCCAAAAACUGCUGCCGACCGCCCUCCGACAUCAACGCGCCCUCGUUCAUGCUGGCGCUGCACGCGGUGAACCUCCACCGGCGGCAAUCUGGCCGCAAGAGCGCCGCAGAUAGGACGGCCGGCGGGUAGAGUCCAGCACUUUUGCUGUGAAUCGCGUCCGCCGCUCCGCCCAACUCCGCCAGUAUGAAUGGCUACGGCAGCUUCAAUCCUGCCUUCGAUGGCAGCAACAUGGAUCAGCACGACGAUGGCUUGCAGAUAAUGGGUCAAGAUGGCAUUGGAGGCAUGGGAGGCCAGUCGCUGGACGACAUUGUGAAUCAAAACGCGAAGAUGAUCCGCCGCCAGAGCAUGCCCGUGGGCCAGAAUUACGGCACCAGCCCGCACCACCUGAAUCCAGACAUGAGGCGAAUAUCGAUGAUGGACUACGGAUCCGGCUCGCCUGCGGGCUCCAUGAACAGCUUUCAGUACGAUCACAGCUCGGCCAUGGACCAGAAUGGAUUUGCGUCGGGAGGUGUCACACCUGUUGCUGUUGGCCAGCAACCGCGAAGGACUCCUAGUGGCCGCCGGCCUUCAAAUGGAGAUUUGUCGCUGGAUACUACCGGUUUCCAGAACAAUCAACAGAAUUAUACCUCGAUGAUCACACCAGGCUCAGCCAUGGCCACGUCUCCCGCCCACCCCUCUACGGCUAUGGACAUGGGAGGCAUGCAGACGAGCCCGUAUAUCGAUACCAGUAUGGGUAUGAAUAUGGAAGACUAUGGCGUUGAUACAAGUGGGCUCAGCUCAGCCAUGAGUCAGGAUCCUAUGCAGUUGAAUCUGUACAAUCAACCGUCGUUCAGCACUUCCGCAUUCAGCUCACCUAUGCACCACACGCAACAACCGCAACACGGCGGCGUCACUCCGCAAUCAGGCCGAAUGUCUUCUCAUGAUCCAGGAGGAGGGAGUGGCCAGCAUUCACAAUACGGUCCUCAAAACAGCAGUCAACCCUCCACGGUGCGCCAGAUGCCCCGAACCCAAAGCCUGCAGGUGCCCGGCCAUCUGGCUAGCCCUUCUCAUGGUGCCUCGCCGCAUAGCGCAACACCCAUCAGUGGGCCCGCUUCCUCCCAUGCUUCACGUCCCCCUAUACACAGUCAAAACUCUCAUGCAUCCCCGCACUCGAGUGGCCAUCACGCCGGGGAAGGCUUUCCUGGUCAACCUCAGCAUCCGGUCCCGGGUUCGCAUGAUGACCGCGGCAUGAAUCGGCAUAGAGCACAGUACGAUGGUAUCAAUGGACCAGUACCGGUCAAGGCUCAAAAUAUUAAUCCUAAUAACCCAAAUUUUCCUUGGGACAUGCCUGAAGGGGGUUGGCCAUCGACCAUGACUGGCAAGCCUCAUACGCAGUCAGUGUACAAGAACGCUUAUUCUUCGACCGGAUUUGAUAUGCUCGGCGUUCUCAUGCGAGUCGCUACAAGGCCUAAUCCCGAAAUCAACAUUGGAUCUGUCGAUUUGUCUUGCGCGUUCGUGGUGUGCGAUGCCGAAAAGGACGAUUUUCCAAUCGUAUACUGCUCGGAGAACUUUGAGAGGCUGACAGGUUACACGAAGCACAUGAUUCUUGGCCGCAACUGCCGGUUCCUGCAAUCACCCGACGGGAAUGUUGCGCCUGGCAUAAGGCGAAAAUACGUCGACGAUGACUCCGUACUCUACUUGAAGAAUAUGAUCAACCUUCGGCGGGAAGCGCAAAUAUCGCUGAUCAACUAUCGACGAGGGGGGCAGCCUUUUAUGAAUCUGCUGACCAUGAUUCCUAUCACGUGGGACACUGACCAGGUGAAAUUCUUCGUCGGGUUCCAGGUUGAUCUGGUGGAGCAGCCGAACGCCGUCACAAACAAAAAUCCUGAUGGCUCUUACUCUAUCAACUACCAACGUGGCAUGACGAUGCCACGCUAUGUGAUGAAUGCCCCCGAUCCAUCCAUGAAGGCAGAAACUGGCCAGACUGUGCCACGCGACGAUGUCUCGGCCAUUUUGAGCACCAUCGGUAGUGGCGAAUCAGAAUAUGCGAAGCGAAUGUGGGACAAAGUUCUGCUCGAGAACACAGACGAUGUCGUACACGUACUCUCGCUCAAGGGCCUAUUCCAGUGGAUCUCACCCUCUGCACUGCGUGUUCUCGAAUACGAAGCAAGUGAGAUCAUUGGCACUGCACUCAGUUCUGUGUGCCAUCCCAGCGACAUCGUUCCGGUCACUCGAGAAUUAAAGGACACAUCAACUGGCGCUUCCGUAAAUGUGGUAUUCCGUAUUCGACGAAAGAACAGUGGCUACAUGUGGUUCGAAGGCCAUGGAUCGUUGCAUACGGAGCAAGGCAAGGGCCGCAAAUCGAUCAUCAUGGUGGGACGUGAGCGACCAGUGUACACGUUGAGCAAAACUGAGAUCAUCUCCGCCGGCGGCAUUGGCGAGAACGAACUCUGGACGAAGAUGUCGACAUCUGGGAUGUUCUUGUUCGUCUCCUCUAACGUGCGACAAUUACUCGACCGCCAGCCCGAUGAGCUUGUCGGCGUCAGCAUACAAACGCUUAUGCGUGCAGAAUCAAAAUCGCAGUUCGGCAGGAUUCUCGAGCAUGCUCGGACAGGCAAGAAGGCAUCUGUCAAGCACGAGUUGAUCAAUCGCAGAGGUCAAGUUCUGUCAGCAUAUACGACACUGUACCCAGGGGACGCACUUGAGGGCCAAAAGCCCACCUUUAUCGUUGCACAAACGAGGCUCAUCAAGUUCUCCCGCGGACACCCCUCUGGUCGACCCCAAUUAUAUCCGAAGAAGGACUCAUCAGAGUCAGUUCUCUCUGGCGCUGGUGGGGGACAAUCUGGAAACAGCGGCGCGACUCGAGAAGGAGACGCCACCCCUAAUUCUGGUGCAUCAAAUAUGUAUCCAACCACGAACGACUCAGCUGUCACUUACGCUGGCGUCAAUGGCCUGACGAUUGGACGCCAAGAUCAAUCGUUGGCUUCGGACGAUAAUUUGUUUGACGAGCUGAAGACCACCAAAUCGUCAUCGUGGCAGUAUGAGAUCAGACAGCUCGAGAAGCGCAACCGCAUGCUUGCCGAAGAAGUGCAAUCGCUAAUCGCAGCCAAGAAAAAGCGGAAGCGAAGAAAGGGCGCAGGUAACCAGCAGAAAGAUUGUGCCAAUUGCCACACGCGUGUCACACCCGAAUGGAGGAGGGGACCGAGCGGACAGCGUGAUCUUUGUAACAGCUGCGGUCUACGUUGGGCCAAACUGAACGGUCGUGUAUCACCUAGGACGUCGUCGCAACAAAGCGUUCAUAGCGACAAAGCGAGCAGAGCAUCCGCGUCUCCGCGGCACCCAAGCAACCUCAACCCCAAUGUCAAAACCGAGCAGAGCCCCAACGCGGCCAAUGGCGAGGGCGUGAGGGAGUCUCCUUCGGGAAAGACUGCCCAAAGACCAACGCAAGGACCUGAUGGCCAUGCAGCAACGAUGGAAGGUGCAGUUGGUGUCCCAGGAAAGAUUGACGAGGGCGUCGAGCCUGACUGAGAAGCAUGGAGGGAAGGACCUACCGCACUGGAUGCUGCUACCUUUCUGCCCGUGGAGGAACUUUAUGCUCUUCUCUCCGCCGUGUUGGGACGACAUGCUCUUUCACUCGACUCCUCUGCCAUCGGACACCUGCGCGUUGCAUACACCACUAUCGCUUGACUCAUUAUCCAUCCGCGAUAUCUGCAUUUGCAACAUUACCGAGAUGCCUCGGGACAAGGAAUGGAAGUGUCCUUUGCCAGGAUGUACGCACCAUGACGUUAGCGCAAGAGACCUCAGACGCCAUGUGGAAGCCGAUCAUGGCUUCGUCAGGGCUCCCUCUUCCGAGUUCAUGUGUUUCAUUCCACGCUGCAACAAAAGUUUCAAGAUCGAGAGAAGGCUCGAGCGUCAUCUCAAAGCAGGACACGGCGCCUUCGGUGAUCUACAAUGCCCAUACGAUUGGUGCAAGUUCUCCUCCACGAGAGGCGACAAUUUAAAGAGACACAUAUCAACACAGCAUUCCGGGCCUCAAGGUAAAAAAAAUUCCGGCGCGUAUCCGUCAACGCGCAACAAAGAUCGCUCUGUCAGCUGCAAAUCGUGCUUGCAAGUCUCAGCGGGUCAACUCAUUGGAGGGCGCACUGAACGCGAUUCAAUCCAAGUCACUUUCGUCGGCUCCAAUCGAUGCAGAAACGCAGUCGAGCCUUGACGAAUGUGACGCUCCAGCUGCAGAUGCUGAGACUUCAUCACCUGGGUCUCCACCUGGAUCUUCCAUUAGGGAUCCGAUUGCGGACAAUUCGCCACCUGAAUCGUCAAUCAAAGAUCCGAUGGACGUCGACGGCUCUGAUAAUGAAGAGAUACAUGCGCUGCCCAAUCCUGACAUGUCAACUACUGUUGGGCGCUUUAGCUGCAUUUGUGGCUACACGGGUCCGAGUGGUCGCUUACUGCUAUGCCGCGGCUGCUUGCGUUACCAACAUCAGCAAUGCUACUACCCACUGUGCCCAAGAGGACCGAUACAGCAGAGGACAGAGCACUAUUGCUUAGAAUGCGCACCAUGGAGAGGACCGGGAUUCCGACGUGGGACACAGCAUACGCUACCAUCUCAAGGCCAGGUCCGAUGCAUUUGCGGCCUGUCAGAUAUCGAUGGUAUGAUGAUUACCUGCGCUGCAUGUUGCAGAUUCCAACAUCAAUCGUGCUGUCUACCCGAGCUUGGAGCUGAAGAUUUGUUCCCACCCUCGGACUACUUUUGCGUCGAUUGUAUUGGACAACCGGAUCUUGCGUUGCGCGCCGACAACCUUGACUUGCUAAGAAGGCACCAGCGAGCCUUGCAUCAAGCCAGGCUAGCGCCAGGACAUCGCCCCAUGUUGGACUCCGUUCCCUCGUUGGCGUGACGCCUCAAUGAACCCCGGGAGAUAUGGGAGCCUGUUCCUUCCUUUAAUCGCGAGCGGCGAGAUUCGCAUACCCAGCUUGUGGAACCUCAUAUGCUGUCACUCGAGGGAAUGGCGCGUCACGCCAAUGUCGCGUUCGACGAACCGAAUCAGCGUCAGAAACCGGCAGCAACGAGUCCGGACCAAGCCAUGACUCGCGGGACUUCGGAUUGGGAUUGGAGUACCUCUCCAGACGAUGGAAACCACGACGUCGACCCGAUAUCGGGAACAGAGCGCGGAGGUCAUUCUGACGCCUCCUAUUUAUUGAAUCUUGAGGGGCACGUUUGACUCUUACGAAAUUGGCAGCUUUGGAGCUCACUCGUUGGAGCUUGAACGACGAAGAACAUUAUUGGAAUCACUACUAUCACUUUUGGAUCGAUGAUAUUGAGAACACUUGGCUUGGCUUGAGUGACAUUUCCUUUCUGCUCUGGCAGAUGGAAGGAAAUUGGAAAAAGCCUUCUAUCAGAUGAACGAAUUGGGCUUUACGAUGGUGAAUGAAUGACUGGCAUAUUUUUUUCGGGAGAGGAUGGGAGAUACAGGAUGGAUGCAUUAGAAGAAAGGAUGAUUUCUGAACAGGGGUGGUUGUUUUGUGGCAUUGUGUUUUAACGUUUUUACUGUGCAUGAGAGUGGAGGAUGGAUGGAAAGGAAGGGGAAGCAAUGUGAUGCUUUUAUUGUGCGGCGAGAGGAAUAGAGGGGGAGAAGG